AAGAAAACAACUUGAAAAAGAAUAACUAAGCGCAGACGGGAAAAAGGGUGCGAGCAGAGCAGAAAGAUAAAUUGAUGGGGUCUUCUCCAAUCUCCCCUAUUCGCCUCUCUCUUUUCCGUUUCUCCGCCAUAGUUUCUCUCCUUCCUUCCUUCCUCCCUUCCCAAACAAACCGGCUGCUCGCCAGUUUUACAGAGCAGAGCAGAAAGAAGAAGCGAAAAGCUGGACAGAUUCAAUGAACCGUCGCCUCCCUUCAUUUUCACUCUCUAGCUGGUUUCCCUCAACACCGCUGCUCCGUUCGUAGCUACUGCGAUCUCACCCGCGACGAAAUCCCAGCUCCGUCUCGCCCUUCCCUUCCUCAUGGAUACGCCUACGCCGCCGACGGAAGAGCUUCUCCGGAAGAUUCAGGAGCUGGAAGCCGGUCAAGCUGAGCUCCAACAGGAGAUGACGAAGCUUAAGCUCUCUUCCGAUCCAAAAUCUGAGAAUCUUAUCCUUCACCAGCAACAGCAGCAGCACCAUCACCACCACCAUCUUCACCACCAUCCUCGCUCCCAGUCAAUCUCGCCUCAGCGUCCUGGGACUAGAAGGAGCUUCGACAGGGCUGCGUCUAUGAAGAAGACCUCGCCGCCGUUUAGGCAUUCGUCUCCCUUGCAGAGAGAGUCUCGCCGUCCGAAAAGCGGUCCCAAUAGGAUUAAUGUUGGCGAAGAUGCCGACGGCGGUGGAGAAAGUGCCGGUCCGUCGGCUAUUAAGUUUACUGAUAAGCAGUACUUGAACAUAUUGCAGUCCAUGGGGCAGUCCAUUCAUAUUUUCGAACCUGACGGCCGUCUUAUCUACUGGAAUCGAAGGGCUGAGAAACUGUUUGGCUGGACUGCGGCAGAAGCUCUAGGUCAGUACAACAUUGACCUGCUUGUAGAUCCUAGGGACGCCAUGCUUGCGCAGACCAUUAUUGAUCGCAACGGUGUGGGAGAGAGCUGGACUGGACAGUUCCCUGUGAGAAACAAGAUGGGUGAUAGGUUUACAAUUGUGGCCACCAAUACCCCUUUCUACGACGACAACGGCGAUUUGAUUGGAAUUAUAUGUGUAUCAAAUGAUUCACGGCCAUUCCAAGAAGUGAUCGUCGAUUUAUCUGGUCCGAAGAGUUCAGAAGCAGACUCAAGUUCUACCCGUGCUUGUGUUAGAAGCAGCACCAGUGUCUCUGCUAAGCUUGGGCUCGAUUCCCAGCAGCCUCUGCAAGCAGCAAUUGCGUCUAAGAUAUCAAACUUGGCUACCAAAGUGAGCAACAAGGUGAAGUCGAAGAUUCGAACUGGAGAGAACAAUGUCGAUCAUCGUGAAGGUGUUAGUGGAGAUAGCCAUCAUUCUGAUCAUGGUCAUGGCUUCCAGGAAGUAGUAGCAGACCAUAGGGAUGAUGCAAACUCUAGUGGUGCUAGUACCCCCAGAGCCAGUACACCGAGGGGAGAUUUUCAUCCAUCUCCUUUUGUUGUUUCACAUUAUGGCGACGAGAGUGAUGGGAAACCUCCAAUCCACAAGAUUAUCACUUCGAAGGCAGAAGCUUGGAUGGGUAAAAAAGGAAUAUCGUGGCCAUGGAAAGGGAACGAAAGGGAAGUUUCAGAGUCAAGACCCACCAAAUUUGUUUGGCCUUGGUUGCAGAAUGAUCAGGAGGGUGAAAAGAGUCCCUCUUAUGGUGGUACCAAAACUGAGAGUUACUUUAAUGAAGGUACUAAUCGCCAUGGCAUUAGUGACGCAUCUGGGUCAUGGUCAUCCUCUGCAAAUGUUAACAGCACGGGCAGUGUCAGCAGUUGUGGUAGCACAAGCAGUACUGUUAAUAGGUUAGAUAUGGAAAGUGACUGCUUAGAUUCUGAAAUACUGUGGGAAGAUUUGACCAUCGGGGAACAAAUUGGACAAGGAUCUUGUGGGACUGUCUAUCAUGCCCUGUGGUAUGGAUCAGACGUUGCAGUCAAGGUAUUCUCCAAGCAAGAGUAUUCAGACGAUGUGAUACUUUCAUUUAGACAAGAGGUUGGUGAUUUUGGGCUAUCUCGUCUAAAGCAUGACACAUUUCUGACAACCAAGUCCGGGAAAGGCACACCUCAAUGGAUGGCGCCAGAAGUUCUCCGCAACGAACCCUCCGAUGAGAAGUCUGACAUCUACAGCUUUGGAGUGGUACUGUGGGAACUUGCGACCGAGAAGAUUCCUUGGGAUAAUCUCAACUCAAUGCAGGUGCUGGCAUUGGCUUUGCAGUUUGUAGUGAACUGA